GCCAGUUGCUUGUACUCCGUAUAGAUGCCUCGUUACUCAUACGGCGGUACAGAGUACGGAAUAGGUGAGGUAGGUACCUACGUCCCUGCAUCAUUCCCAUUCAAUUCCAAUUUCCCCCCCAACACCAACAACGAUCUCUCUCACCACAAACACAAACACGAACACAAACACAAAUUCCCCUCUCAAACAUGGCGCAGCCGCCGUCAACCACAAAAUCUCUCCUCGCCCGGGCCCACUCCCCCGACUCCGCCUCCCGCAUCUUCGACGACAAAAUCCAAUACCGCUCCUUCUACCUCCGCCCUUCCUCCCCCCCUCCGCCCGACGCCCGCGAAGCCCGCCGCAAAGCCCGCAGAGACCGCGCCCUCACCCGCUCCAAGCAGAAGCCCGCGCCCCUCUCCGCCCGCGCCCGCCGCCGCCUUGGCCUGUACGACCUGCCCCGAGACCGCCAGCGCUACGCCCUCUACGAGCCCCUCCUCGGCCUCUGGCAGGGCUACGUCCGCGAGCUGCUCGGCAACGAGCUCUACACGGGAGGCCAGGCCGCCGCCGCCAAGCUGAGCGCCGGCGAAAUGCACGGCGCCGAGGUCGAGGUCGUUCGCAGCUCGUGCCCCAGCCGCGUCGGCAUCCGCGGUAUUGUCGUCAAGGAUGCACGCUUCGUCUUCGAGAUUGUCACCCCGCGGGACCGCGUCAAGGUUGUGCCCAAGGAGGGGACCAUGUUUCGGGUCGAGGUGCUAUUGGAGGAUCCUCCCGAGUUGCGCGGGGAGGGGCAGAACCAGGGACAGCAGGGACGAGAAGGACAGGAGCAGAAGAUGCCCGAGUCUGCGGUACCAGGCGACGAUGCGACCACGACGAGGACAUCCCGCCCGCGGAAAUUCGUCUUUGAGAUUCUGGGGGACCAGUUCCUCCAUCGAGGCGCUGAUCGAGCGAACAAGAAAUUCAAGACGCAUUUCUUGAAGAACGUGUGAAAGGACUAGAGUUGUAAUCACCGACUUGCUUGGCGAGAGAGCGAGAGACUUGGUGCGCUCAUCUGUGCCCUUUGACGACUCGUUCUCCUCCUUGAGAACAUCCCAGCCAGCGCUCCUCCCUGCAACACCCGUACCACAACCGGCUAUAAGACCACUACUUCACAUGAGAUGGUGAGUUUUCUCUCUCUCUCUCUCUCUCACUCUCUCUCUCCCCCCCCUCCCUGAUCUCCCUUGUCUCCAUGGAGCCAUUCUCCUGACAAUUCAUAA